CUCUCGCCUCGGCUUGAGACCUCAACGACCCGCUGAUCCGCUGACCCGCUGUUUUCCACCACCCCGCCGCCCGCCACUCUGCGGCGCCACAAGUCGCCAUCUCUCAGUCACAUGCUCCAUCCCCCUCUCUUUUGCUGCAUCAGCCGGCGUCAUACCUGGUGUCAUAUUAUACAUCCUCCUCCUCCAAGUACAGUCAGCACGCGCCACCACUACGCUCAGCGCUCAUGCUCAGUGCACCGCAUGCCGCAUCCACACCUUGCCACCUUGCCCGAUGCGAGAUCCACGGCUCCUCCUCGCAUCCUGCAUCUUUUUCCUGCGGCCACUCCGAAAUCCCGCAUGCUUGUGCCGGGUGGCCGGGUUCUUGCCAUCGCAGACGACGGCCGAGAACGGAUGAUACACCGUUUCAGGUGGCUCGCCCGUCUAUGUCCAUCUCCGUCUCCAUCUCCGUCUCCAUCUCCGCGAUAUCCGCCACCCGCCAUCCGCGUGCCGCGUGCCGCGUACCGCCGUACACCCAGUGGAAAUGAGUUGCCAGUGGAAAAUGCUCUCCGGAUGCCGGAAUUACAGCCGCUCACCUCAUCCUCCGUCCACUCCCCUUGGCCCGGGCCCUGACUCCGCUUCCAGACUCGCAGGCACUGAUCCGCGC